GAGAGCUGGUGAGAGAAUGUGAGGAAGUUACGGGAACUGGAAAGUCGUGUUCGUCGCUGUACCUGGUGCAAGAUGUUAAGUGCGCCAUGAAUGCAGUGUUAUUGCCAAAUUACCAGUGUUUUAUGUGAGAUACAAAAGAUGUACCAGAUCACACUGAGAGUGUUGACGUGAUUUGGAAAUGCUCCUAGGACGCCCAAGAAGAAACAAUGUUCCUGCCUUGUGAAGACCUCGGUGGUAUUGUUUACUUCGUCUGCAGUGAUUACGAGACGUGAAGGGAAUUUGACAGAACGUGAUAUUCUAGACACAUGCAUGUCAAUUCUAGAAUUGUGAAGAUGGGAGUGCAAAGUAACAUGUUUCUGAGAACAAAUUCGAAAGUGAGAUUGAAGUUAAGAGUUACAACUAACGUUUGGCUAUGUUUUGUUGUGAUUUGUGCGAAUAUGUGUCCGGUAACGCAUGGUUCUGGUGACGAUGUCGUGACCUUUAACGUUGAUGAAGAAUACCAUACUGUCACACAGUCAAUACCUCAACAAUUAACUCAGUUACAAGGUGGUAGAGUGUCUGACAGAACAGUGCGAUUGACGAAAGAGAAGAGUCCGUAUCUUUUACGAGAGGAUUUGAUUAUCGAACCUUCAGGGGAACUUGUCGUAGAUCCAGAUGUAGAAAUCAGAUUUUCACCGAUGGUGGGACUUACUGUGAAAGGAGUACUUUCGGCCAAGGGUAUUCCUGAAGCACCUGUAAUUUUCACGAGCAGUCUAGAACCUGAGAUAACACAGGAUAUACCACCAGUGCGACUCAUUGAUGGUCCCAAUAUUUUGACCGGUCGUUUGCAAGUAUAUCAUCUUGGUAACUGGAGAUCAGUAUGUACCAAUUCGAGAAAUUGGACUCGUGCUGAUAUAGAUGUUGUGUGUCGACACCUUGGAUUUCAAGGAGGAGAAUGGUGGAAUUGGCUUGAUAGAGUACCUGGGCAUGAUCCUCGUGUAUUAUUGGAAGAACCAAAGUGCAGAGGAACAGAAAGUACUUUGCACGAGUGUGAUUGGAAUAGUAGACAAAUGGGCUCUGGUGUUUGUGAUUACCAUCCAGACAUUGGCAUUCAGUGUCUUCCAAAGCAUGUGUCUUCGCUUAAGAUUGUGAAACAUUGGCGUGGAAUAAAUUUUGAGAAUGCCAAAUCAAAUCGUAUUAUAAUCCAACAUAAUACUUAUAUUGAAAGAUCUCUGUCAGAACUAGUCAAUACUGAAAUCAGAUUUGCUGGGUCAGGUCGGAAUUAUGCUGCUGUAUCAGCAAUACAAGUUGAUGGAGUGCCUCCUCAGAUGAUAAAUUCUUCAAUUUUACAUUCAGCCUACAAUGGAGUGAAUGUUUCAAUACCAAAUGCUCCUAUAAUCUUCAAUAACUGCACGUUCAGAAACAAUAGAGGUUAUGGCGUGUACAUGAAUAGUUCCUCAGGAAUGGCCUACCUUGAUGGUUGUACCGUUACAGAAAAUGGUGGAGAUGGUGUGAAAUAUGUUCAUCAUGAUGAGCGAAUUGAAGAAAGACUGAACAGAAAAGAUCUCUUUGAUUUCUGCACAAUUCCAACAACUGGAAGGCAAUCAUAUCCUUUGUUUUUAACUGUUGAACAAGACAGACUGAAACGUUAUGAGAAAGAUUGUUCUCAGUCUUUCUUCACACAAAAUGACCAAGUAAUCACUGUUCAUUUUAUUUCCAUGACUACUGAUCAAAAUGAUACUGGUGUCUUAGAAAUUUAUGAUGGAAUAAGUACAAAUGAGCCAAUUUUGACGAAAAUUAAUUUUCGUAAUGGAACUAAGCCACAGAGUGUAAGAAGCAGUCGCAAUAAUGUGUUCAUACGCUUUGUGGCAAAACCUCAAGUGCAGCUCUUUGGUUAUUUCAAGAUAACCUCUGGUUACCAUAAAACAUAUGAUCUAAAUAUCACAAGUUCCUCAGUAUCUGACAACAAUGGAAGAGGUGUGACAGUGGAAAAUAUUCGCAGCCAACUACAUGUUCAUCAAAGCUCUAUAUCAAAUAAUCACGUGGCUGGUAUAAACCUAAUUCAUGGAGCAGGAGAUCUUAAUGUUUCAGAUAGUCGUAUAGCAUUCAAUAAUGGAGAUGGAAUUAAUAUCACUUACACUGGAGGAAAUCGCAACAUCACAAGGACAUCUUUAUCAUCAAACAAAGGAUAUGGAGUUGCAGUGUGGUUUAAUGACAGUAUUCAUGACCCGUAUUUAGAACUCAAUCAGUCCACCGUAAUUUCUUAUUCCGAGAUUUUCAAAAAUUAUGAAAUAGGUGUUAUUGUUGGUAAUUUCUGUCGUAAUUCUUUUGUGAAUAUCUCUGGAAAUUGGUUUAAUGAUAGUAGGGAAACAGAUAUUGAGAUUUCAUCGUGCUGGAGAUCAAAUGCUGGAGUACUCCACUUGCAAAUUGGGCAUAAUACAUUUAUGCACAAUGAAAAACUUGGAAUAAAGAUACAGCCAGCAUUGAAUUUACAUGGAAAAAUUGAAUUUAACAGAUUUAAAGACCAAUUGUAUGGUUGUAUUCUUGUGAAAAAUGGACUUUUAGAAGAAUUUGAAACCCUCCCUGUGACACUCUUUGUAGAAAAUAAUUACUUUGACUCGAAUCAUGGAGUGUAUGUUGUAAAUUUAGGUUUAUCUCCAUACAGUGAAGUUCAAAAAUUGCUGUUCACAAAAAACUUUGUCAAAGACAAUCGAAUCAGGGAGCCUUUUGAUGUUGAGGAGGGAGAGGGACAUAAACUUAUUCCUCGUAGUCGAGUGGCAGCUCCUGUUGUUAUUAGCUCCAGCAAUGUUGAUAUCUACAGAAAUAUCAUUCAUAAUCCAGAAUCGAACUAUGAAGUUGGAUCUCAUUUAGAAGACCAAAGCAAAAUAAUCAACUGUACAUACAAUUGGCUUGAUCGUUAUAAUUUGGCAAAAAUUACCUUUCUACCUUUUUUACUACACAGUAGUAAUCCAAGUGCCACUAUUAUCAGUUUACAUCAACCUCAGCAUGUGCCACAGUUCAUUGAACCUGGUAGUAAUCGAGUGGGAGGUGAAGUGGAUGGUAUGGAAAGCUUGAAACCAGGAGAAUACAUUGUUCAGAGAGACAUUAACAUUCGACCUGGAGGGAGAUUAAUUCUUCAGCCAGGUGUUACUUUAAGAUUUCCUUCUUCUGUAGGAAUAAUGGUUGCGGGAUAUAUUGAAGCCAGAGGGAGUGGACGUAACAAUAUUCAUUUAACAUUACGAGAAGAACAAGUAUUGGAAGUUUCAGAAAAUGAUACCACAGAAAUCUUGCCUAUCGAAAGUCAAAUUCCUGUGAGAUUACUAGGUGGACUCACUUCAAAAGAAGGUCGUUUACAAGUCCGAAUAGGGUCUUCUUGGGGCACAGUAUGCAAUUAUGGCUGGACAUUGAGAGAUGCGGCACUUGCUUGUCAUCAGUUGGGUUUAGUGUUGAACCCUGGUGAUUGGUUUCUGGAACGUUCAGAAAUACCAGCAGCAGGAGCUAAUGAGGAUAUAAUAUUGAGCAACGUGCGAUGCACAGAUGAAGAUGUUGAUAUUACCAAAUGUCGAGCUGAACAUAUUGGUGAAUUUGAAAAUUCAUGUACUCAUGAAAAUGAUGUAGGUUUACGCUGUUAUGAGUCUUCGUGGGCAGGCAUGCGGCUUAGUGUAUUAGCUGAGAGAUCUGACCUCCAGUAUAUUACUAUUGAGAAAGCUGGUCUUCUGGAUUAUGCCACAAAUGCAUUCAAACCAGCCUUGCAGAUUGACUUUUCACGUCAUGCUCUGGAGGCCAUCCGAGUGGUUGAUAAUCUUCAGGAUGGGCUGGGCAUUGUAUACUCGGAUCUCUUUUCUCGAGAUGUUGCGAAUACAGUUAAAAAUAGUGAAUUUAGUAAUAACCGAGGUAGUGGAAUUAGUUUCAAACAGUUGGGACUGAAGAUAUCAGGUUCACGAAUAGAAAAUAAUAAAAGAGCUGGAAUUCGACACAAUCCUGCAUUAUCUAGUCAACAACAACGGGAAUUAGCUGGAUGGUUCACACCCUCUGGUGAUUUAGCUAAUGUCCAAGAUGCCCCGUAUAAGCCAAUUUUUAUUCCUCAUCAUUUCACCAGAUUUGAUGUCGAAGAUAAGACUCUGUAUUUGGUGACUUCCAGAGUUAAGGGUGACAGUCUAAACAGAGAGUAUUAUGUGAAGUGCCAGCCUGGUUAUGUUAUUGGUAUACAACUGCUGAACCCAAUACAUAACCGAAGCACAGAAGAAAUAAUAAUUUAUGAUUCAUUGACAAUUAACCCCUUGUCUCAGCAGUGGAAUUUAUCUCAAGAUUUGGUUGUUUUUCCUGUUGUAAGCAGUUCAUAUGGAAUUGUAAUAGUGUAUAGUAGUGGUUUUGAUGCUCUUGGAGGAACAGUUAUAGUUUUAUCAUCCUAUCCUGCGCCUCUACAGAAUGUGAAAAAUCGCAUUGUUCGGGGACCUGUUCCAACCCUUGUUGUGAGUAAUUCACAAAUUAAAGGAAAUAAAUAUGGAGUAUGGGCCUCAUAUUUCAAUAGGUACUUAAAUGAAUUGGGAGAUCAUUUCUUGAGAAAAUCUAAUGAAUCUGUACAAAUAAUUGAUUGCCAUAUUUCUCAUAAUACAGAGGAGGCAAUACUUGUAAAUUCUCCUUAUUGGGAUAUAUACCAUUCGAAUCUCUCUGAAGUAACAUUUAUGAUAAACAGAACAAAUAUUGUUGAAAAUAAAAGAGGUAUUCGCCAGUUCAGUCGAGAUCUUCGCAGCUCGAAUAACUUGUAUCAUUGGGUUUUACAAGACAACACAAUAGAGCUAAAUAAAGGUGGUGGUUUUGAUAUAUCCUUGCCAUAUGUAUGGCAGUACAAUGAAAAUUUCACUCAUUCGUUGUAUUUUGAUAACAAUACAUGGAGAAAUAAUCAACAAUUUUCUUUUAUUGUUGAUGGCCACUUUGCUCAAUUAAACAUGACAAAUAAUAUAUUUGUUGACAACCACUGCAAAACUGGUUUGAUAUCUGUAAGAGGAAUGGAAAAGAAAAUGAAGAUAAUGAGAAAUAGAGUUGAAGGAAAUAUUGGAACAUAUAUGGUGGAAUUUACUGCUGACAGUCAAUCAGAAAUUCUUGGAGAAGUUCAAGCAAGGUUUUUACUUAAUGAAGUUAAAAGAAAUAAAGACAAUUCUCUCAGUUACAAAUCAGUUUAUCAGACCUCUGGAACUCCAUCUUAUGUUUUGGGUUUCCGUGGUAUUCAAAAAGUGGAUGUGAAUCAUAAUCUUUUUGGGAACAAUUCGAUGCAGUAUGAAUUAUUGGCUGGUAUAAGAACAGCCAAAAUCGACAAUUAUGUGAAUGUGGAAGAGAAUUGGUGGGGUACUUCUGAUGUAACUGUUAUAAAAAGAAGAUUAUUUGAUUUUGAUGAUUGGAAUAAUCAUGCUAUUGCUCGAUUCCGCCCAUACUUGAUGGAAGAUUCUUUUGAGUCCUCAAUUUCAACUACCCGAGAGCAGCCAUCGCCAGUGGAUUUUGAAUAUCUUGGUGGUCGAAUAAGAGACCCUUUGACAUUGUAUGCUCGUGACAGACCGUACAUUGUUCAGUCUGAUAUCACAGUGAUGCCAGGUGUAACAUUGACAAUUGCUCCUGAAGUCAUAAUGGAGUUUCCACCUAAUGUAGGUAUUUUAGUGCUUGGAGCACUCAAAGCUCAAGGUGCACCUGGACGAGAAAUUAUUAUGCGACCUCUUUCAUCAAGAGCAAAUGUUGAAGCAACUAAUCCUCAUACUUCAGCAAUACUGCAAGGUCAGGGUUCUGAAUCCAUUAGACUUUGUACUGGUGGAAAUUGCACUUCAUCAAACAUGGAGUUGGAUUCUGCCAUGAUUAAUGAAGGCUUCUUGGAAUACUUCAAUUCUACUACAAUGCAAUGGGUACCAAUAUGUGAUGAUCGUUUCACAGAACGAAAUGCGCAAGUCGUUUGUCGUGAAUUGGGCUUUGAAUAUAUUAAUGUUUAUUUUGACCAUGGUGUAAGAGUUGAAUUUCAUCCUAAUUCACUUUCAAGAAUAUGGUCAUGGCCCGAUCCAUGGCAAUGUAAAGGAGAUGAAAACAAGUUGGAGGAGUGUGCCAUUCGUCUUAAUGGGCAGUUAUAUGGUCAUCGCCAUAAGUGUUCAUGGAAUUCUAACUAUGUGUUUAUCCACUGUGGGCCAAGGAACUUAGAACCGCAUCAAGAAUAUUGGGGUGGCAUUAGGUUUGCAGAUGGAGAAUUUGAACAAAACUUGUAUGAGCAUCGAAUACAUGAUGUUGUAACACAUCAGACUGCUCAUCGUGCUGAAUCUUCUUUGGAAUAUGUUAAUAUUACUGGUGUAUUACACAAUGAAAAAUCACCUGCCAUUCAGAGUAUCAAUAGGUCGCCUACAAUUUUACGUGUGAACAUUACUAAUUGUGCUUCACAUGGUAUGAACUUUAUUUCUCCCAUUGAUACCACACGACUGAUGUAUAAUAGCAUUGAGCACACCCUAGGAGUGGGUAUAUCAGCACUUUCAUUAACUGGUGAAGGCCGAGAAUCAGAGGAAAGUUCAUAUACACCUUUAAGACAAAUACACAUUCCAUAUCACUUGUUCAGUUUGGUUGAUAUGUGUGAUCCAGCAAAGGAAAUUACUAUUGAAGAACGAGUUUUAGUUUAUUACAAAUAUGACAACCAUCCUGUAAACUGCAUAAAGAUUUUCAACAGUGUUUAUGACUCCAAACCAUUAGGAUUUAGGUUACUUCAGUUCAAUCUCUUCAAUUCUACGGGUAAAGUUGGACAACCUGAUAGCAUAACUUUGUAUGAUGGUGAUAUUUAUAAUAUAACUUCAAAAAUUAUUGGGAACAUAAAAGUUGGAAAUAAUAUGGAAAAGAGAUUGUUUAGGUCUAUACUCCCAAGUCUGAGCAUAAAGCUGUUUGCAAAUGGUGCCAGCGAGAUGCAUGGUUUUAUUGCAGAAGUUGUAACUUUACCUAUUUCUGCUAUUGGAUUCAAUAGAGAUGUACAGCAUAAUAUUUCAUAUUCCAUAAUGACAAACAACAGACAGGGUGCAAUACAUUAUGGAAGUGCUGGGGAAGUGAAUCCUAUGAUUACUGUUGAAUGGAAUCAGUUUAAAAAUAACUGUGAUAAACUCUAUGGAAACUUCACAACAUGUGGGGCUGCUGUGUAUUUGGAUAUACAGAACACUAGAACUGUGUAUUUCAGAAAUAAUUUAGUGGAUAGUAAUCAGGGUGGUUUAGCUAUUAGAGCUGAUUCACGUGGAUCUGCUACUGCUCUCAAAGGAUGGCUCCAUAACAACCUUUUCACUGACAACUCACAUAAUCCAGCAUUGUAUAUUGAAGGACGACAGAGUAGUCCAUACCAGGAAGUUACUAUAUACAGAAAUUAUUUUACUCGCAAUAUUGCACCAUAUGAAGAUAUAAUUAUUUUAAAGCAGGUUGUGUCAAAUUUCACUUAUAAUUAUGUGCAUCAUAAUUUUGGUCAUCAUAUUUUGGAAGUAUCUGGAUUUGAAAGAGUACGACUCCCUAUUUAUCAGACAACAUCACAUAAUGGAUUUUACUGGAACUACGCAACUGACAGGGAUUCUCGUAGCACAGUUAUUGCUGGUACAGCUGGCCAACAUUAUGUUGACAAUGUUUUUUAUGAUCCUGAAAAUGACUAUGAAAUUGUAACUGUUAAUAGCAGUUUAGAUGUGUGGAAGACUCCAAUUGAUGCAAAGCACAACUGGUGGGGCUAUAAUGAGACACUUGCUGUAAUGGGCCGUAUACGAGAUCGAAGUGACCAUCCAGAUCUUCUAGAAGUAGAUUUUAAACCAUUUCAUAUGAAUAAUCAAAGUAUAUUAAGUGGUGGGAAAUGCCCACCUGGUUGGAUGCUUGUUGGAGAUACUUGUUAUAUUUAUGUUGGUGCUCCAAUGGCAUUUGAAGAUGCUCGUACGUUCUGCAGGUCUGUUAAUGCUUCAAUGCCAUAUGUGAUGGGUAACUAUCUCCAGUUAUACCACUUUCUACGUCAUCAACAAGAAACGUACCAGUUUUAUGAUCAUGUGUGGGUACAGCAUAUUGAUAAAAUUAAUAAAUGUACCAUGUUUGCAUUUCAAAAAAUUGAAAUUGAUCAUUGCCAAAGAUUAAACCCAUUUUUGUGUGAAAUAGAUCCUAAAGUACACAUUGAUCCACUGAGCUGGAGAGAUGAUAUUCUUACUGUAGUCGUUUUAAUCAUGGUUGGAAUAGCCAUUUUAUUAAUAGCAGUUGCUGCAGGUUUCUGGUAUACAAAGUCUCGUCACAGGCAUGCAGAAAGAUUAGAAAGACGAAAUUCAAUUAGACAAUCUCUCAGAUCUGUGAGAUCUGUUGGAUUAGCUUCUUCACAUGGUGCUUUUAGUGAUUUAGCACACAGGCAAAAGACCAAUACUGGUCAAAGAUCAAGCCCUACCAUCACUAAAGGUAUGGAUUAUAAGAAAAUGAUGAAUGGCAGCAUUGAUUCUAUGGAUAAAUCUCAAUUUAAUUCAUCAGUUGAAGAUACCCACAGUUAUGAUAUUUAUGAAGCACAUAAUCCAAACACAUCAGCAAGAACUUUCAAUUAUACAUCAGAAUUUCCAGGGGCAACAGAAGCUGUGAACCCUAGUUUUGAUCUUGCAUACAAAAACGAAGGUUUCAGAGACCAUUCUGCCUAUACAUCACGAGACAAUUGGCAUUCAACAACUGGUAGUGAAUAUGAUGAUGAAAGUCCUGGAACAAUUGAUUACAAUUCUUCAACUUUGCCACUUGAUGCAAGUUUUGCCGCCACAGAUUCAACAUUAGAAAUGAAACAAGGAAUUGAUUAUGACAAUCAGCAGGCUGGAUUUAAACCUCGUGCAGAUGGUGGAUUACUUAGGUCAGCUUAUCCUCCUCCGCCUCCUCCUGCAGAUGAAGAAACUUAUCCAUUAGCACCAUCUCCUCCCUCCAAUUAUCAUUUUGAACCAAGCAGAACAAAUCUUCUAGACACAAGCUUAGAUAAUGAGCCUUUACGACCUCAAAGUCACAUGCUACUAGAAACUAAUUUGGAUGAUGAUCCUCCUCCUCCUCCUUCACGUUCAAAGAGUGAGGCACUUUUAGAAACAAAUCUGGAUCUGUAUGGACCAACACAUCAAGUUUCUAACUUUAGUCGCAGUAAAAGUCAGCCAUUGGAAACUGCUAUGUAGAUUUUUGGAAUUUUAAAAAAAUAUUUAUUUAUAAGACGAGUGAUAACGCAUCUUCUGUAGCAGUUUCGGAAUGUUUUAGGAUAAUCAUUUAGGUGUUACCUAAAUCACAAUUCCAAGUGAUGCAGCUAAUAUAGUGGUCUUUCAUUCCAUCUUUGGAUUAUAUAGUGAUAAUUUUUAAAGAACUACUAAACAAUUUUGAUAUCUAGCUAUAGGUUUUUUCUACAGUGACUUUGUACCUGUAUAUUUCAGUGAUAAUGGCAAGUAUGAAUAAAAAAUUCAAGUAUUUUAUCUAAGAAGGUUUUAUGAAUGGUUGAAAUGUAAUGAAAAUGCAAGUGUGUUUUAUUCAUGUGAGAAUGCUUACUUUUGAUUGAAGAUUUGAUAUGAUUAAUUUCAGGAAGUGAAUAUGUGAACUUGUAAACCCUGUGGUAUUCCUGGAAUUCCGCUUUUCUGGAUAGAUGCUAAUGUCUUUAAAUCAUUUUUAAUAAAUUGAAAAAUGUGCCUUAUUUGCACAUUAUAAAUCUGUAAUGUAAAGUUGUAUUUUUUGUUUUUUAGAAACAUUUAUGGGAAUAUUUGGAUUAGGUGUGGAAAAGAGACUCAAGAAAAGAACAUCAUAAGGAAAAUUUGUUAUUUAAAGGGCAAUCCAUCGAAAAUAAUGUUAUAUUUUGUACCAAUGACAUGUAUAUUCAGUACUUGUUUUUGUCAUAUAUAUUGACAAUUUUCCACACAGUAAUCUAUAAAGGUGUGGUAGCAGAGAUAAAUUCCAUAUAUUGUGCAAAUUGAUUUUCUAAAUGUUAUGAAAUUGAGAAAAUAAAUUGAUGUAAUUUAAUUUUUAAUCAAAUUCUAAAACAAACUUUGAAGGUCCACAUCCAUUAGAAAGAAGACAAUUUCAAAGUGAUGAGGAGACUGCACCCAAAUAUUUGUGAUGGUGCAUCCACACAAUACUGUAAUAUCAGUGCUCAGCUCACGUUUGUUUCUACUAAUUUUUAAAAGACAAUUAAAUGAACUAACUACAAAAGUCUAACAGACAAAUGAUACAUACCAAGAAUGUGAAGAUCUUUUUUCAUCAUGAAGCAAUAACCACUGUUCUGACAAUUGCUAACUGCCAUUAUAAAAUACCAUAUGAUAUUCCCCUUUUUACCCCCCACUACCAGUUUUAAGAAAAAUACAUUUUAUUUACAUCACAUUUUCACUGGUUGUUUUAAUUGUCUGUAGGAAUCGCAUAGAAGCUGAAUUACUUCUAUUAAAUUAAUUGUUUGCAAUUUAAACAUUGCCUGUGAACAAUAACAAAUGUGAUAAACAGAAAAUAAAAUAUUUUAUUUUUCAAUAUCAGGGUAUCUAUUUUUGCAUAUGUUUAUGUUUGUUUGUUUUUCCUCAAAAUUUUACACCAAUUGUUUUCUUACAAUCUGUCAUCGUAUGAGCAUCAUUUCAGAACAUUUAUUGCUUUGAACAAAGUUAACCCUUAACUUAUAAAAGGUUGAUGGUAUUUUAUUUGACACAUCUCUUUCUGUGAGAUAAGGUCUUUCCAUCUUUUAUGAUUAUUCUGCAGAUUGAUCAUACUUGAUACUUAAUGUUUGUUACUGUAACAGUGAUUUUUGAUUUUUUGCACAUUUCUCUCUUUAGUUAAAAAAGAACUCAGAGAAAAUCAUAUACGCUCUUUGAAAAAACAAAUACUGACCUUUUCAUUUCCAUCUGCUUCCAAAUCUUUGAGAAUUACAAAAUUUAGAUCAUAACUUCUAGGAGGGCAUAGAGAGGGAAAGUGCUACUAAUUUGACCCUCUCAAGCUGUCCUCUGCAUUUGGGCACUUUUUUCCUGAAACACUCUCUACUUUGGUGCUCUUUAAUGUGCGUCACGCUUUUAAGCAGCUUCAUAGCUGCAUCUCUAUGUCCAUUUCAAAACAAUAAAAGAUAAAACAAUUUUUAAUGAACUAUUUUUAACUACAGAAUAAUUAUAGUUUCACAUUAUCAAUAAAUGAAAAUAUGUAAACCACAUUCCUUUGUCCUUACAAUAUUAAUACAAUAUAUAGUCAUUUAUUCCGUCCAUUAGUACAAGUGCCUGAUGUAUUUGUAUGUGCAAUGCUUAGAUAGUAAUCUUGGAUAUCCAGAACUGUGCAGAUGAUGUAAUUACAGGCAACCUCAUUUAUUUUAUAUUCAAUUUUUUUAUAUGACUCCUAUAAAGUGGGGAACUUAAGAAAUUGUAAUAUAUGUAUGUACAGUAAAUUUUAAAAUGUGUAAAAGUAUGAUCAUAUUGUGUGCUACAGGCAAUUUUAUCACAUGCGCCUUAUUGUAAUUACACUUCAAUUCUCCUGAUCUUCAGUUUUAUGUAAAGUAAAUCACUGAAUGAAAUUGAAAGUAUCAAUAUUUCAAUUGUGAUUUAUUGCAUUAACACAAAUGACUGAGGUAUAUAUUUUACUAACCUUUUACUUAUAUUGUGGAAAAGCUCUUAUGGUGUUCCUUUACAGAUUUUUUUAUUUCUUGAAUUUCUAAAAUUCUAUUCUAAUAGAAUUGAGUAAGCAAAUGGUCAUAAGUAGAAACAUUGGAUCUAGAAAUGUUGUGCAACUACAUUUUUUAAUGUGGGAUUUAUUGCUAGUAGAAUCGAUAUCUAUUGAAGGAGAGAUCAGGCAUAAUCUUUUUAAUUCUGUUUCCAACAAGGAAAUAAAAAUAUAUACAAAGUAUGUUGUCUCCAUUUGUACAAUGAAUCUUUGAAUACAGAUUUGAGUGCGAUGUUUCGAUUAUUUUUUGCUAUUUGAUUGCUUUUGGAUGAAAUCAUAUUGCAAUGAGUCAAUUUGUAAAUCUGAUUGCACAUAUCUAUUAUUUAUUUAACCAAAAUGAAGGAAAAUUAAAAGAAGCUAAAAAACUGACAUUGCAAAAAUUUCAAGGUAAACCCACCAUUCAAAAUCAUAAUAUUGAAUUACGUCUCCAUUUUUAAACACAAGUAAAUACUUUUGAUUUAAAAUAUUAAUUAUAUCUUUUUAACCAUUUGGUCGUAAAAAUUCAUUUCAUAAUAUUAAUAAUAAUAAUAAGAAUAAUUUCUUAGGAAGCUGGUUGCUACAUGGAGAAGAUUUCAUAUAUCUUUGACAACUAACAUCUUUAGUGAUAAAUUUAGAGAAUAACAAUAAUAAUUUAUAUUCAGAUAACACUACAUUCUUUGAUAAAGCACCAAUAUACAUCAAUUUAAUGCUACUUUUCAUGUUUUUUGAACUGUUCCAACUAAAUUGGAGUCUUUGUCUUCUUCCAUUAACACAAAAUCUUUGUCUUCAUACCUGAUGAAAAUUCUCUUACCAGAGAAAUAAAAAUAAUCUUCAUUAAUCUCUAACGUGAGAGCUAAUUGACUUAUAUUUGAUUCUGAUUAAGAAGCCCUCAGAAUACCUUCAGAGGUGGUUCAGGUCUCAUUUUUGAGCUUGGGAGAAGGAUAAAAAUUUCAUUGGGACCCUAACUCUCACAACCUGCAGGGCAGUUGAAACAGAGCCAUUUGACAAUGAUGAUUUGAUGUGAAAGCUGAAACAUCAAUACUACCUAUUCUAUAACUGUUGUAUGUUGUUUUGUUAAAUUUCUUCAAUGAAUGUUUGCUGUGGUUGGAUUUUCUAUUUUGUCUUUUUAAAAAGAAUUAUCAGACUCAUAUUUUAAUAAUUAAUUAUGAAGAUAUAUCAAACAUUUCAAAUUCAAUUUUUGUUCUAUUAUGACAAAAAAUUAAGUGCCGUUAUUUGUUUCAACUGUCAUCCACAAAAUUUAUCAGAUAAUUAUUCAUUUGCAAAUUAAGGAAAAAAUAAUAUAAGAAGAAAUUUCUUGAAGUAUGUGGAUGGAAAAACAAAAUCCACCAACUUAUUGAUGUAAUUUUACUUCAUAUUCUAAUGAAAUUAGCAGGUUGAUUUUUCAAUUAUAAAGUUUUGCAAUGCUUCUACUUUUGACCAUUGAUAUUAUUGAAUAAUGUACAAGGUUGCUUGUAAUAUAACACAUUGUGUAGUAUGAAGUGCCUGCAAAAGAUAUAACCAACCUUCAUACUAGAAAAUUGUUAAAUUGUAAAAAAAAAAGAAAAAACAACAAAAAAAAUGAGGUGGUUGGCAUUUGCAGUGCCUUCUUGUUAAGACAUAUAUAAUAAGUUAAUUUAAGAAUAACUCAGUACUCUACCACCCUGACAUUCCAGUCAUUUUCUUAAAUUUUUACUAUGGAUGUUAUUGUUGCAAGGAUGUGUGGAUGUGUAUCAACAGGAUUGUAUAUGAAGAAAACGGAGCAUGUGUUUAUUUCAUAAUAAUAAUAAUACAAAAGCGUUUUGUGCUUGGUGUUUAAAACGUGAUUUGUGUUAAUUAGGCUAAUUUUUAAAAAUUUGUAUGAUGGUUUUAUAGUGUACUUUAUAUUGAAAUAUUCCAGUUCACCAGUAGACCUGCAAGUAGAAAAAUGGAAAUUGGUGUUAUUUGUACAUAGUGGCUAGUCUGUUGAAACUAUUUUUAAAGACCAGUAUAGUGUAUUCACAUCUGUAAGAAGCAGAUUUAAAUGUGUUGAAUGAUCAUAGUGAACAUAUGUUUAUAUUGAAUAAAUGUUGAAUUGUAUAG